AUGUCUGAUCAAAAGCCUUUGCUUAGCCUUAAGAAGACAUUCUUUUACAAUUUCUUUCCAUCAAAAGCUGAAGAAGAAGCUUGCAAACUUAACAACAUUCCAUAUGUAGUGACUCGAGAACUGAUUGAGAUAAGAGACAUAUACCCUCCCCCAAAAAUCAAUUUGGAAAACCCCUGGCAAAUAAAGAAAAAGAUUACCCGUGACGAGGUUAUUGUAGGAAAGCUGAUGAUUCCAUUUUUCGAGACGUUUGAGUACAUUCUUCGAUAUUGGACGUUGGAUGCAGCCAAAAUUUUGGUGAACGGGUGCGAUGUUCCUGUUGGCGUUUGGGAUGUGACGGAGGAGAAUAACCCUAAGAAGUAUGAUCGUGGAAGUGUUUUCUUAAGGAAAUUGCACAAUGAUGACUUUUAUCUUUCGUGCAUCAAAUUGUUCAACAAUCGCGGAUUAAGUGUUGGUGAUGAAAUUGGACUUUAUUGGGAUCCUAGAUCUUCAAAUUUAAUCUUCAAAUUACUUUCUCAGGUUCAUGCUUAG